CGUUUUUCAUGUUAAGAAACAUGCAGGUGUAUCCGAAAUUCCACGUGUCCCACAAACUCCAAAGUAGUACUCCAACAACACACUCUGAAAUCUGAAUGCCUUAAUUCCAAACCCAUUUUCAUUUUGCAAAGUUCAUCAGCUUCUAUUGUCUCAAUUAUUCAGAAGAAGGAAUGAAGGGAAACAACAAGAGGCCUAUAUACGCCGUGACAACAUGGGUUCGGCGCCAGCCCCCAAAAAUGAAGGCCUUUCUCGCCCUUCUUUCCGCCAUUGCCGCCCUUGUCUUCCUCAGGAUGGUAGUCAACGACCACGACAACCUCUUCGUCGCCGCCGAGGCUGUUCAUGCUUUGGGAAUCUCCCUCCUCAUCUACAAGCUCACCAAGGAUAAAACUUGUGCUGGGCUGUCACUGAAGUCGCAGGAACUGACGGCUUUGUUUCUAGCUGUUAGACUGUACUGCAGUUUUGUGAUGGAAUAUGAUAUACACACAAUUCUGGAUCUGGCAACACUGGUAACCACCCUUUGGGUUAUCUAUAUGAUCCGCUUCAAACUCAAAUCCACUUAUAUGGAUGAUAAGGAUAAUCUCGCUAUAUACUUGGUCGUGGCACCUUGUGCUGUAGUGUCCUUCUUUAUCCAUCCAACGACCCGGAAUUCUAUCGUUAACAGGAUUCUCUGGGCCUUCUGUGUUUAUCUUGAAGCCGUCUCUGUUCUACCACAGCUUCGGGUUAUGCAGAAUACUAAGAUUGUUGAACCAAUCACAGCACAUUAUGUUUUUGCACUUGGAGUAGCAAGGUUCUUGAGUUGUGCACAUUGGGUCCUCCAGGUAAUCGAUACACGCGGACGCCUACUAGUUGUUUUGGGUUAUGGAUUGUGGCCUUCAAUGGUGCUUAUAUCUGAAAUUGUCCAAACUUUCAUCCUAGCAGACUUUUGCUACUACUAUGUCAAGAGCAUUAUUGGGGGACAACUUGUAGUUCGGCUUCCAUCAGGAGUAGUUUAAAACUAAAACAAAUUAUCAUUAAGAUCCCCAAGAGAAGCUUUUUAUGUGGGUCUGUAAAACAUGUAACCUAAAUAAACUUAAUUUAGUACUUUAUCA